CACCGCUGCACUGGGCGUUUGAGCGGAGAAGAAAGAGGAAACGGAUUGUUGCCAAAGAAUGUAUUUUAAUGGAUAAAAGUCAGCGCAGUCGGCAGUUUACGUGAUCUUAUUUUGCCAUGAAAAGAGUCACACUGUUUGUCAACGGAACCUCAACAAAUGGAAAGGUGGUGGCCGCGUACGGCUCUCUGGAGGAUUUACUGUCUGUGGCCAGCUCGAAGCUGGGAAUAAGAGCCUCUAGUGUUUAUAACGGGAACGGCGGCCUCAUAGACGACAUAGCAUUAAUCAGAGAUGAUGAUGUGCUGUACAUAUCAGAGGGAGAUUCAUUUGAAGAUCCUCAGGAAGACCUCAGAGGCCUUGAAAGGGGUCAGACACACACUGAUUGGCUGACGCUCAACGUUGGUGGACGCUGCUUCACCACCACGAGGAGCACGCUGGUCAGUAAAGAGCCUGAGAGCAUGCUGGCCCACAUGUUCAGAGAAAAAGAUGUUUGGGGGAACAAGCAGGACUCUCAGGGGGCGUACCUGAUAGAUCGCAGUCCAGACUACUUUGAACCCAUUCUGAAUUAUCUGAGACACGGACAGCUCAUCAUCAACGAAGGCAUCAACCCUCUGGGUGUGCUGGAAGAGGCUCGCUUCUUUGGUAUUGAACAGCUUGCUGAACAGUUGGAGACCCUCAUAAAGUCCUCUCAGCCCCCCGAUGACCACUCUCCUCUGAGCCGCAAGGAGUUUAUUAGAUUCCUGUUGGCCACGACGACCAAGUCAGAGCUCCGGUGUCAGGGUCUGAACUUUAAUGGCGCGGACCUGUCUCGUCUGGAUCUGCGCUACAUCAACUUUAAGAUGGCCAACCUGAGGGGAGCCAACCUGACCCAUGCUAACCUGAGCGGAGCAAACCUGGAGAGAGCAGACCUGUCCAUGGCGUGUCUCGAUGCAGCCAAUCUGCAGGGUGUGAAGAUGCUGUGUACCAACGCUGAAGGAGCGUCACUGAGAGGCUGUAAUUUUGAAGAUCCUGCUGGAAUCAAAGCCAAUCUGGAGGGAGCCAACCUGAAGGGUGUGGACAUGGAGGGGAGUCAGAUGACGGGGAUCAACCUCAGGGUGGCCACACUGAAAAACGCCAAACUGAAGAACUGCAAUCUGAGAGGAGCUACACUGGCCGGGACGGACCUGGAGAACUGUGACUUAUCAGGAUGUGACCUUCAGGAGGCGAACCUGAGAGGCUCCAAUGUGAAGGGAGCCAUCUUUGAGGAGAUGCUGACUCCUCUGCACAUGUCUCAGAGUGUGCGGUAAAACACUUCCAUAUAGUGCUUUAAAAUCACAACAUACACUCCCAGGGGAGAGGAAUUAGUCUCAAUAGUAGGGACGAAUGUACAAAGUACAAACAAAACAACGUGUGAGUAAAUUAUGGUUUUCAUAAAUACGUCUUCCUAUCCACAAACAAAUACCACCCGACUUAAAACAUGUAAAAUAAAUCUACAAGGGCUGCAAUAAACAAUCAUUUUCCUAAUUAAUUAAUCUUUCAGUUGUUUUCUUGAUUAAUCGAUUAGUUUUUUUAGUGUAUAAAGUGUCCAAAAAUAGUGAAAAAUGCUCAUUGCAGUUUCCUGUGACGUCUUUAAAUGUUUUAUUUGUCCGACCAACAGUCCAGAACCCAAAGAUAUUCAGUUAAUAUGAUUAAUAAAACAAAGAAAAGCAGCAAAUCCUCACAUUAGAAAAGCUACAACCAAAGAACGCUGGGCAUUUUUCCUUCAUAAAUGACUUAAAAGAUAAAUCGAUUAUCAAAAUUGCCAAUUAACGUUCUUUUGAUCGAUUAAUCGAUUAAUUGUUUCAGCUCUAAAUUCUACAAAUAACAACUUGAAUACCCUUUAGUGUUCUGCAUAUAUAUUUCCAACUUCUUGUUUAUUAAUCAAUAACACUUGCUUUUGAAGUGCUUCCGGUGUAUUUCAAUGUCUAAAAAUAUUAAAGCUUUGUUGCAUUUAUUUACAGAUUGCUGAAUCUGUGUCAAGUUUGAACGAAUUCGAACAAACACGUAAAACAAAGCAAAUGUUAGAUUAAUAAACUUGCGGUUUGAAAAUUAGAAUUAGAAUACAGGCAUUUAUACAAGUGGUUGUUUUUGGAUCAGAAGAUACAUUCGUGAACAUCGUAAUUUACUCACAAAUCAUCGUACACAUUUAUAUCAGUGUUUUUAUUUGUGGAUCAUGAAAAACCACAUUUGUCAGCAGUAUUGUCGCUAAUUUCUGUCCACACACAUCUCCCUCUGACGACGACCAAUUAAUGCCAAACUUUGUAUUUUGCUCUGAACCAAACACCAACAUGUCGACAUGUAUUUUAAUAAACACCUUUAGAUUUUCUACACAUUUCUUUACAUCCGUCAAAGAUAGAAGCACGCAGCCUGUGUGUCUUCUGAACAGUUGGACAGCAAUGACAAAGGGCGUUAGCGGUGGGCUUUUGAAUGUAGUUUUGGAUUGUUUAUAAAAGUAAUCUGAGUUUAACACAAGUUUAUGAUAUUCAUAAGCCUUCAAACCUCUUAUGAGCAGAAAGUUGUUUCAAAUGCAUUUUAAUUACAUGUAAUCAAUGCAACACUUAUUACUGUAUAUCAGAGGUCUUAUUUUUCCAGUUGUGUUAAGUUGUAAACACAUUUUUAGAACUGCAGUGGGAUGCAAGUGGAAAGGAGUCUGAAAUGUGAAAUCAUGGUGACGAAUUAAUCACAGUUUCAGUUUCUAAGAUAGUUUUGUUUGCAAUUUUUAGAUUUAGUUUUACAGCUCCAUAUAAAUUACAAAAAGUGUUGUUAAAUGAUGUUUUUUCACAGAACGACACAGACACCGGCUGCUGGUGAGGGAGGUUUGUUGUAUUUUCACCAGGUAUUAAUUGGAAAAGGGUGUUUAAUGUUCUCAGAGGAUGACUGUAAAUGAAACAGGCUAUUUGAGACCAAGAAAUACAUACUGUAAAAUAUAUUCAAUCUUUGUGGAAUUAUGUGUAUUUGAACAAGCUCCACCUCCAUCAUGUUACCUCUGACAGUUGCUUUCUGAAACAUUUCCUGCUCGUUGUCUUACUUAUUAAAGUAAAAAUGACUUGUACAACAGUUCCAAUGUAAAAAAAUAAAUAAAUAAAAAGUGUGCACAUUUAUAUCUGCAGUAUGUGACAAACCUGUAAAACUAAAAUUUAAAAGUCAGAUGUAUUUUAGAAAUGUUUAAAAACCUUUUCUGAGUCUGGGUAUGAUGGUGAUAGUUCUGCUCAUUUAACUGCUGUUUUUACACAUGAUGUUUAGUUAUUACUGUGCUAACGGGAACAUUUAGAUUUUAGUAAAUGUCAAAUCCUACUGAACGGUUCUGUGUGUGUGCGUUUUGUCUUUAAGUCUCCGGCUACAAGAGUCAAAGCACGUUACAUGUAAACUGGUGUGAAAUGUGAAACCAUGAGGUGCUAAACCGUCUUUUCUGCUGUGUUGUGGUUAUUUUAUCACGUUUAAUAAAUGCUUUUCUUCAAACCUUA